CAAAAACUUAAAUGAUAUCAUAGGCUUUACGACUUGCAAAGUCAACGACAAAAGUCAAAAAGUCAAAACCAUAAACCAGUUCCGUGAAGAAGAAGGAAAAGAGAGAAUUUGUUGGCUAUGGUUUUUAGCAGCUCGGUGAUGGCGACGGUGGCGAAAUUUUCCACCGACAAGUGGCAGCGGAUGAGGAGGGUUCCGUCGUCGGAGUUGAUGAAUACGCAACAGCUUAUGGAGGUGGCUUGUUGCCUCCCUCUUAGUCAUCUCUUUAUCUGUCUUUGGGAGUUUCUGUGUUUCUCCGUAUCCGAUUAUGAUUCUGAUGAUGAUUAUGAUUAUGUUGAUGAUGAUGAUGAUGAUGAUGAUGUUGAUGAUGACGAUGUGGUUGCUUUUGAUCAUAAUAGUAACGGCGAUUUUGAUGAUCAUGGGUCUUCUUCCUUGGAUUUUGAUGACUAUUACCAUUACUCGGACUCCGACUAAUAAAUAGCUGACCUCUUCUUUUUUCUAGUUUCUAAUUCUUUUGGGAUUAUUGUUGUCUUUAGGUGUAUUGUCCUAAUUAUUAAUCUGGUAUUCUUGGAUACUGUAAAUUUACUCUUGGAUAUUCAAUAACAUAAUCAGA